AUGGAUAACUUCGACGUCUCGGAGAUGAGCACUGCGCUCAAAGACGUCACCAACCAGCAGAAUAACAAAAACCCCGAGGCUGCCACCAUUGCCCGUGAAAAGGGAUGGACCGCGCCAGAGGGAUACGACUACACCAAGUACACUGCCGAGCCGCUCCCCAAGCCUGCUGAGGAACAGGAGCAGGGCGAACAGGGCGAGCUUCCCGAAUGGGCCGCCAAAGCAACCAAGUACGAGUGGAAGGACGAGUUUGGUGAUGUCGGUCCUCACAUCCCUGAACUCGAGGAGAUGUUGUUCCGAAGCGAGUUCAUCAACCGUGCUGGUCUCAAGCUUGGCAAUUUGCAGAACAUUGAGGUCAUUGCGGAGAGUAGAGAGCGUCCUAGCCCCGUCAGGAGCUUUGACGAUGCUGGUCUUCACCCCGUCAUGCGUGAGAACAUUCGUCUGUGCCGCUACGAAGUUCCCACUCCAAUUCAGGCCUACUCUAUCCCUGCCGUCCUGACAGGUCAUGAUCUGAUCGCCAUUGCCCAGACUGUAGGCUCUGGAAAAACUGCCGCUUUCCUUAUCCCUGUCCUUUCUCAGUUGAUGGGAAAGGCAAAGAAGUUGGCCGCUCCUCGUCCUAACUUGGGUGCUGGAUUUGACCCCGCCGUUGAUACUGUUCGUGCCGAGCCACUCGUGGUCGUCGUUGCCCCUACCAGAGAGCUUGCGACUCAGAUCUUCGACGAGGCCCGCCGUCUCUGUUAUCGUUCCAUGUUGCGCCCCUGUGUUGUCUAUGGUGGUGCUCCUGUGCGUGACCAGCGCGAUGAACUUCAGAAGGGAUGUGACAUCCUCAUCGGUACUCCUGGAAGACUCCUUGAUUUCAUGGACAAGCCUCACAUUCUGUCCCUUCGCCGUGUCAAGUACACCAUCAUUGAUGAGGCCGAUGAGCUUCUCCUUUCUGACUGGGAGUCGGACUUCACCAAGAUCAUGUCUGGCGGAGACACAAACGAGGAUGCGGACCACCGGUACCUGAUGUUCUCUGCGACGUUCAACAAGGACUGCCGUUUGCUCGCUCGCAAGUUCCUUGCCGAGGAUCAUGUCCGUGUCCGCAUUGGACGCCCUGGCAGUACCCAUAUCAACGUUGACCAGAACGUCAUAUUUGCCGAGGACCACUUGAAGAAGCAGUGCCUCUACGAUCUGCUUCUCGCGAUGCCACCUUCUCGCACCUUGAUCUUCGUCAACAGCAAGACCCAGGCUGACCUCCUGGAUGACUACCUUUACAACAUGGGACUUCCCAGUACCUCGAUUCAUUCCGAUCGCACUCAGCGUGAGCGUGAAGAUGCCUUGCGUUCCUUCCGCACCGCGAGAUGCCCGAUUCUUGUUGCUACUGGCGUUUCCGCUCGUGGUCUCGAUAUCAAGAAUGUCAUGCAUGUCAUCAACUUUGACCUUCCUCGCUCGGACCACGGUGGUGUCACCGAAUACAUUCAUCGAAUUGGACGUACUGCUCGUAUCGGAAACGAGGGUCUUGCAACCUCUUUCUACAAUGACAGGGACUGUGACCUCGCUCCUGCUCUUGUCAAGAUUCUCGUUGAAAGCCAGCAGAAGAUCCCGGAGUUCCUCGAGUCUUACAAGCCGGAUGAUGCCAUUGUGAACUUCGAGGACGAUACAGAUGACGAAGCGGACGGUGCCAACAGCGAUGAUGUGGACGCUAACGGCGCUUGGGGAGGUAUUCCUAUGGAAUCCUCCAGCGACACUCCUGCUGAGAACACCGACUGGGACUUCUGA